CAGGAUGGAGUUGCAAGCUGAAGCCAGGCUGCUACUGCUGCUGGGGGUGAUGUGCUAUGGACAUGCACAGAAGAUUAUUCAUGUAGAACCACGAUAUGCAUCGAUUGUUGACGUGACCAAUGGCGGUACCUGGGGUGACUGGGCCUGGCCUGAGAUGUGUCCUGAUGGAUACUUUGCCAGUGGGUUCUCUGUCAAGGUGGAGCCCCCUCAAGGUGUUCCUGGAGAUGACACAGCCUUGAACGGGAUCCGGCUACACUGCACUCGAGGAAAUGCACAGCAGAACACCCAUGUCGUGGAGUCCCAGUCUGGAAGCUGGGGCUCAUGGAGCGAGCCUCUGUGGUGUCCUGGUACUAGCUUCCUAGUGGCUUUCUGCCUUCGGGUGGAGCCAUUUACAUUUCCUGGGGACAACACUGGAGUGAACAACGUGCGCUUCCGUUGCUCAGACGGUGUAGAGCUGGAGGGCCCAGGCCUGAGCUGGGGAGACUACGGAGAGUGGAGCGACUCAUGUCCCAAAGGUGUCUGUGGCUUGCAGACCAAAAUCCAGAAGCCUAGAGGCCUCCGAGAUGACACUGCACUUAAUGACGUCAGAAUAUUCUGCUGUAACAGCUGAUGCUGUCGCUCACACAGUACUGCCUCUUACUAUUAAAGCUGCUUGGUCUUGGCUUUGCUGUCCCUUGAUUUAGAGACAAUAAGCUGCCUGCUUCCUCGACUCUUCUUUCUUGAUCAGGCAUGGCUCAAAGCCUGCAUUCAGGUUUGGCUUCAGGGGUUUAGGUCAUAUAGUUCAGAACAAAGAACUUGAACACAUGGACUUUUGGGCCUUGGCUCUCUGAGGACAUCUGUAGAUAAAAUGUCCCCUUUAAGAGCCCAAGUUGUCUCCCUUGCGAACCAUCAGUGACUCCGGAUAAAGGAGUGGGAUGGAAGUUGUGUCCACUCCCAAACCCUGUACUCAGAGAGACUAGAUGAAGAGACACAAUCUACCCCUUAUUGGUAGCACUUGGUGGAACUUCCCAGGUUUGGGUGGUCAGAUGGGGUGUGCACCUGGUUUGGAAGUCCCCAGGUGGGUGGGAGGCACUCACAGAGCCAGUAACUAACCACAUGGUAGAGCAAAUGGCUUUGCAUGCUCAUUUUUAGAGCUUUGAGACUAAAGAAUCUUUUCCCACACUUUCCACCACCUGUUUCAUCCCCACCUCACCUUGCAAGUUUUAAGUAGCGGCUUUCCUAAACAGAAAUUGUCAUCCAGACUUUUAUUUUCAUGCUGUUUUUUCAGCCUGGAAUCCCCCAGCUAUCUAUACUCAGAGUUAGACUUUCCCUAUCAUGACAAGUAUUUCUUCUUACUAGUCAAUAAGUAUC